UCUUUUACAGUCCAUUUUAAUCCGUGUGAGUUUCUGUUUUUACGAAGAAUGGUCUCCCAGCUUGUUUCACAUCUGAACAAUUACAAUUUUUUUUGUGCCUGCAGACUAAUUUCAACACUGUUCUAACUCGGGAGAAGCUCAAGAAAGAGCAGAUCAUCAAUGAGCUGACAGAAAAGUUGCGGAAAGUUACCCAGCAACAGGAGAAGGACAAAGCUCUGAUAGAGACUCUUUCGGAGGACCGUGCUAGCGUCAUGAAGGAGAAGAAGCACCUGGAGGAGGAGCUGAACCGCCUGCGCAGCACCGCCCUGGUCUCCUCUGCCUUCUUCACCUCUGCUUCUGCAGCUCAGGAGGCCACAGAAGCUGGGGCAGCAGCUCGGGCCACGCCUGUCGCAGGGGCCUGUUCCUCUGAGCCUCUGGCUGCAGCAGACAGACUGGCCUCUGUGGCCGCCAUUCGAGACGAUGAACAUGUCGACUCGGCAGUGGAGGCUAGCAUGGUGACAGUCCAUGAUAACGUCUUGAUGUCAGAGGAGAAACAGCGGAUACUCUUACUUGAGAGGACUUUACACAUGAAGGAAGAAGAAAACAAGCGCCUCAGUCAAAGACUGAUGUCUCAAAGCAUGUCGUCUGUGUCAUCACGCCAUUCAGAGAAAAUCGCCAUCAGAGAUUUCCAAGUAGGCGAUUUGGUCCUCAUCAUCCUCGAUGAAAGGCAUGACAACUAUGUUCUGUUCACAGUCGGUCCCACCCUCUACUUCCUCCACUCAGAGUCUCUCACUGCACUGGACCUCAAACCAGCAUCAGGGACCUCCAGACGGCCAUGGGUUCUCGGGAAGGUGAUGGAGAAGGAAUAUUGCCAGGCAAAAAAGGCACAGAACAGGUUCAAAGUUCCUUUGGGAACAAAGUUCUACAGAGUGAAAGCUGUUCCAUGGAACAGGAAAGUAUAAUAGCCAAGUAAUGAGCUACAGUGUAUAUUUAUAUCGCUUAAAAUUUUUGAACAGAAUCUUCACACCAUAAUUCAUAACUUGAAAAAUGAAAGACCCGAAAAAUCGAAAGAAUGAAGAUCAUCAUCACGCUACUUUGGCUUUUAGUUCAAGAUCCCACCUACUACCACAUUUUUUUUCUUUCUUUUUUUUUUCCUUUUUUUUUCUUU